UCGGCUACUCCUUUGACUGGUAGAUUUUGAUUUUCAAUUCAUCUCUCUACUCAAAUGAGGAAUUCUAAUCAUUCUCUACUCUAUGGACUAUGGAAACCGCCAAUGAAGCAACCCCUUCAGAACCCGAAAUCAACGGCCCCGAUCAUCCGACCGAUUCAAUCGGCGGUUUAGAUCCCUCGACCGCUCCCGAACUCUGCAAUCAUGCUCAUCUUCUCGCCGAGUUGGAGUCUCUUCACCACGCUUUCCAGAGCCUCCAAUCAAAUUCUUCCACGCUGCAGGAGAAGCUGCUUCUCUUCCAGCAUGAAAAAGACGAAGCAACGAGAAUGAUCGAUGAAUUAUCGCGAGAUAGAGACUCUCUCCGUGAAAAAAUCGUUCAAUUGGAGGCUUCUUUCAAGGAAAGAGAAGAAGAGUAUGGGAGAAAGAUUGAUGAGGAAUUGAAGGAGAAGGAAGAGUAUGAGAGAAAGAUUAACGAGGAAUUGAAAGAGAAGGAAGAGUAUGAGAGAAAGAUUGACGAGGAAUUGAAAGAGAAAGAAGAGAUUAAAUGUGAAUUAGACAUAUCUAGAGAGAGAAUCGAAGUUCUAGAAUCUGAAAAGAAAGAAAGAGAUGAGUUUUUGUUAAAGAACUUGGAUUCAAUCAAGUCAGUGAAGGAAUGCUUAGUGAACAUAAUUGAAUGUUUAGAUGACGAGAAAGUGAUUGAGAGAGAAGACACUGAGAUGGAAGAAUCGAAAUUAGACCAAGAAUCGAGGGCGUUUAGUGAAGAAAUGACAGCAAUUACAGUGCUAGCAAGCAAAGCAAGAUCAAAAGUGAGUGAAUAUAAAGAAUCAAAGAAGAAGGAAAAGAAGGAAUUGGAAAACAGUGUAGUGAGUUUAACCGAAGAGAAUCGCGACAUAAACAGUUUGUUAAGGAUAGCAUUGGUGGAGAAAGAAGCAGUAGAGAAGAGUUUGAACAGGUUGAAAGGUAAUAGUGAUCAGAAGAGAGUGGCAUUAUUGCAAAUUGCGGAGCGUGGGUUGCAAAGAGUAGGGUUUGGUUUCAUGAUGGGCAGUGGAAAUAAUGAGCAGUCACCAGAGAGUAUGGGGGCUAAUGUUGCCCCGCCAAGUAAUAAAUCUGAUAGUAGCGAGUGUGAAGAGGAAGUUGUCAGUCUGGCAUCAACUGUAGAAAGGAUAAUGAAGAAUCUAAGGCUUGAAAUCACUCAAUUGAGGAGAUCUUUGGACGAAUCUAGGUCAGAUAAUGAGCGACUGCAGAGUCUCACAGAGAAACAAGCUAAAACAAUUGAAGAAAACAUGUUGUAUAUCAAAGAGUUGGAAGAUAGAGAGAGGGUGUUAGCUCAAAAUGUUGAGGAAUUGCUAUUGGAAAUAAAAGUGACUGAAGAAGAUGUUGCUAGAUGGCGGGAAGCUUGUGAAUUGGAAGUAGAAGCUGGGAAAACUGAGAUUGAAGAACGUGACAAAGUGGUUCUGAUUCUGAAGCAAGAGUUGGAGAAAACAAAGAAUGCUUUAGAAAUAUCAAAUGGCAAGUUAAAGUUGAAAGAAGAACUCGCAAGUGCUGCAAUGACUGCCCAAGCAGCAGCAGAGAGGUCUCUGCAGCUGGCUGACAGCAGGGCUGCAGGACUUCGUGAGCGCAUCGAGGAACUAACAAGACAAUUAGAAGAAGCAGAGAGCAAAGAAAGAAGCCGCCGAAAGGUGAGACACAUAUGUUGGCCAUGGCGAAUCCUUAGAUUGAACCCAACCAAUAAUUCCAACAAUGUAAAACGGAUGCUACCAGAAAUGCAAGCCUUGCUUCAUUCUAGCAUAUGAAUAUACCAUUGUUUUCUCAAGGGCAUCUAACUUCGUUCACAUCUUGCCCUUUUGUUUCUUCAUUUGUUUAUUUAUUAUCUAUCAUUUUACAGAUUUUGUUUAUAAAAUCAAAGAUUAAAGC